UUAAAGCUGUCAUUGCUGUUGCUGCUGGCUCUCUCCUCAGCCAGUCCUCAGGACAUCGUGAAGAAGCACUCAGAGGACAGACAUGGUAAAAUGACCUGGACUGGUUCCGUCCCUGAUGAAGCAGUGUCAAUUUGGAACUUAUAUGACAUACGUGUUGACUAUGUCUGCAAAUAUGGAUGCCAUGCUGGCGUCUACAACUGGCGUUUUGGAAAUUUCUGCCACUAUUCGUUUGACAAAAAAGAGUAUCGUACAAACUCAUUUGAUAUCCUUGUGAAUGACAAAUACUUUGAGAUUCUGGAGUGGAAGGAAGGUUCCUUUGGUUCAGUGCCCGCAAAUGCAGUUAGAACAUGUUCUAGUGAUGAGGUUUAUGUUGGAAAAAACAAGUAUGGUCUAGGUAAAGUGCGUCCUAGUGACUGGGCAUUUUAUCUUCCUUGGGGAGGUGAAGAAUAUUGGUAUUGGUACUAUGAGGUGCUGACCAUCAAAAGGGAUAUUGACCAUGAGCUCAUCCAUGACGUUGAGUAUAAAAUUAAUGAUGCUAAAAUGAUCCGGAAUCCUCCAUCGACCUUGGCCGUCUCUCCCAUUUCUAACAAUGGAUGCCCUGCAACAGACUGGCAGCGUUCCCAGGGUGCACCCCACCUCUCGCCUUAUGGCAGCUGGGGUAGACUCCAGCCUCCCUGUGACCCUGAACUGGAUAAGUGGAAGAAGAUGUACAAAUAA